AACAGCGUUCGGUCUCAUAAAUGCGCAUGCGCAGCAGCGCUGUCCUCUCUAUUUCCUGCGCACAUUGCCACGUUAUUAGCGGUAGACACAAAAUUCAAGCGGCUUCAGACUGUUGUCGUUGAAAGAAAAUCCACCACGCUAACAGUUUCCCCGUUUUCCAUUACGGUCUGACGUUUGUUUGCACGCCUGAAGGUGAUCAGAGAUGCUGAAGUUGUUGAUUGUAUGCGCGCUGGCAGCUGUGAGCGUGGCUAACAUCCCCGAGGAGGAGGACGUGCUCGUACUUAAGAAAAGUAACUUCGAGGAGGCACUCAAAACUUACCCCAACAUCCUCGUGGAGUUUUAUGCACCAUGGUGUGGGCACUGCAAGGCCCUGGCCCCAGAAUAUGCCAAAGCAGCUGGUAUGCUGAAAGCAGAAGGCUCAGAUAUCAAACUAGCUAAAGUAGAUGCCACAGAGGAGUCUGAGCUUGCUCAGGAGUUUGGUGUUCGAGGGUAUCCCACCAUCAAGUUCUUCAAGGGAGGAGAAAAGGAGAACCCCAAGGAGUACUCUGCUGGUCGACAGGCCGAUGACUUCGUCAACUGGCUAAAAAAGCGAACUGGUCCUGCAGCCACUACUUUAAGUGAUGUCACACAGGCAGAGUCUCUUAUAGCAGAUAAUGAGGUUGCUGUUGUUGGCUUCUUUAAGGAUGUUGAAUCAGAAGGCGCACAGGCCUUCUUUAAAGCCGCAGAGGCUGUGGACGACAUCCCCUUUGCCAUCACCUCUGGUGAUGCAGUCUUUUCAAAGUUUGAAGUUGCUAAGGAUGGUGUUGUGUUGUUUAAGAAGUUUGAUGAGGGUCGUAAUGCAUUCAAUGGGGAGAUCAGCAAAGACAAGCUCCUGACCUUCAUCAAGGCCAACCAACUUCCUUUGGUCAUUGAGUUCACUGAGCAGACUGCUCCCAAAAUCUUUGGAGGCGAGAUCAAGUCCCACAUUCUAAUGUUUGUGCCCAAAACGUCCAAAGACUUCCAGGACAAGAUGGACCAAUUUAAAAAAGCAUCAGAGGGCUUCAAAGGCAAGAUUCUCUUCAUCUUUAUCGACAGUGAUGUGGAUGAUAACCAGCGAAUCCUGGAGUUUUUUGGUUUGAAGAAGGAAGAGUGCCCAGCAAUCCGUCUUAUCACCCUAGAGGAAGAGAUGACCAAAUACAAACCAGAUACCUCUGACAUCACAGCAGAGAACAUCAUUGCCUUCUGCACAGCCUUCACAGAGGGGAAACUUAAGCCUCAUCUGAUGAGUCAGGACAUACCUGAAGACUGGGAUAAGAACCCCGUCAAGGUCUUGGUGGGCAAGAACUUUGAGGAGGUUGCCUUCAACCCUGCCAAGAAUGUGUUUGUAGAGUUUUAUGCCCCGUGGUGUGGUCACUGUAAACAACUGGCCCCCAUCUGGGAUCAGUUGGGUGAGAACUUUAAAGACAACCAAGACAUCAUUGUUGCCAAGAUGGACUCCACAGCCAAUGAGAUUGAAGCUGUCAAAGUGCAUAGCUUCCCUACACUGAAGUUCUUCCCUGCUGGUGAUGACUUUAAGGUAAUUGACUACAAUGGUGAGAGAACACUAGAUGGAUUCACAAAGUUUUUGGCGAGUGGAGGAAAAGAAGGUGGGGCACCAGCUAGAGACGAUGAGGAAUCAGAUGAUCUGGAUCUUGAUGAUGCAGAGGUGGAUUUAGAUGUGGAAGACGGACACGAUGAGUUAUAAGGGUCCGGAGAAGAGGCGAGACUAACCCCUUCACCACCACCUCCAAUUUAAACCACCUUGUCUGUGAAACACUAAAGCUUCCUAACUAAUCCUACAGCCACUGGGUGCUACAGGGUCCUCAUUGUUGCCCCAACCAAACAUCUUCAGCCCAGAGAAUUGCCCCUCUGCCCAAAAGAAGAUCUUAAAGGCUGUUGUUUUUUUGUUUUGUUUUUUUGUUUUAUUAUUUUACCCUGAUUUUGGCAUUAAAUGUAUAUUUUUAAGUUUUUAGGUUUCAUCGUCAUGCUAAUCUACUGAACUACUCUUAAUAAUUGCCCACUACCUCAGUUUAUGAUCCAGGGGGGUGAUUUAAGAUUUUUCAGUUUAAUACUGGUAGUACUCUUACCGCCACAAAGAAAGGUGAAAGUCAAUUUAAUUUGCCUUGAUUCUAUGGUGUGAAUGGACUGACCUUUUAGGGGGCAGAUGGGCAAUAUGUUCAUCAUUGGGUGGACAUUUUUAUUAAUAAUGGGCUACUAUUACACUGCAGACAAGCUUAGCAGAGACCAAUCUGAGGUACCUUCCCAUUCUUUGUUUUCUGUCAAACCACAUUUUCAUAUUCCAUGUUUUUCAAACAACUGCUACUGAAUUAUUUUUAAAGAUGUUAAAGGGGAGAACUUUAUUUUAUUGUUUCAAAUUGUUUAUUAAAUCAGUUUUUUGUCUAAUCUUGCAAACUGAAGGGCCCAGAAGCAGCACUUUUGUUGAAGCUAACCCUGGGGCAGUGUUGGCCCUUGCAGCUUUCUGAUCACCUGGGAGGAUGAUUUGGUUAACUUUUUUUUUUUUUUUUUUUUUUUUUUUUUUU